AUGAGUCUCUUCCUCAUGUGGGUGUGUUUAUUGCUAUCAUUUCAGGGCAUGAAGGAGAGUGGUGAGAAACUUCGGUGUGCCCAGAUGGCAGAUAAGGCUGGAUGGAUCAAAAAGAGCAGUGGGGGCCUCCUGGGACUUUGGAAAGACCGCUAUCUCCUCCUCUGCAAGGCACAACUUCUUGUCUACGAGAAUGAGGAUGAGCAGAAGUGCAUAGAGACUGUAGAACUGGGCAGCUAUGAGAAAUGCCAAGACUUGCGAGCUCUCUUAAAGAAGAAGCAUCGGUUCAUUUUGCUUCGAUCUCCUGGGAACAAGGUUCAUGACAUCAAAUUCCAGGCUCAGAAUGGGGAGGAGAAGGAGUCCUGGAUCAAAGCCCUUAAUGAAGGCAUCAACAAAGGCAAGAAUAAAGCCUUUGAUGAGGUUAAGGUGGACAAGAGCUGCGCCCUGGAGCACAUAACCCGGGAUCGGGUGAGAGGGGGGCAGCGGCGCCGGCCACCUACAAGGAUCCACCUGAAAGAGGUGGCCAGUGCUGCAUCGGAUGGGCUGUUGAGGCUGGACCUUGAUGUGCCAGACAGUGGGCCCCCCUCUUUUACUUCCAGCAACAACAUCAGCGAUUCCCCGCCUGCAGAGAAACCUCGACCACCUAUGCCUCCAACCAAACCCUCCCAGGACCCAAAGAAGCCAAAUUUGGAAGACAGUGCUGAAAAAACAGAGGCAGAGGAGGACACCAUAACUCCUGCACCUGAAAAUCCUCCAGACCAGCCAGAGGACCAGGGUGAGGCAAAAACAGUCGAGGAGGACUCGGAAACCCUGGCCCUGCCUGGGGAUAGUAAGGAGAGCCUGUCAGAAGGAAGCGAGAGCUCAGAGAAGGCCCUGGAACCACCUCCCAAGGUCCACCCUGACAAACUGAAAGUAAGCUGGGAAAAUCCAAGCCCAGAGCCUCCCACCUCUGCAGGCAAAGAAUCAGAUCAGCCCACCAGUUCAGAGACUGCUUCCAAGGAGGGAGGGAAACCCCCAACCCCUCCACCAAAGAUUCUAUCUGAGAAAUUGAAAGCAUCUCUGAAGGGGGGUGAGACCACCAGCCAAGACCAAUGCCAGGACUCCCAGGCUUCCAAGACCCUUGAUCCUGGUCCAGAUGGUUCUCAAGUUUCAGUGAAUGGCAUGACCGACAGUGCUGAUGGGAUUGAGUCCAUUCCAGAAUCAAGUCUGCAGAUAGCUGUGGAGGAUAGAGUCGACCAGAAGACUCCCCUGAAGGAGGGCAAGGGACAGCUAGCCCCUUCAGAACCCAGUGAAGCUUCUUCCCCAGAAGCUGAGAGAGCCCAGGAGGGCUCAGGAGCACUCCCCCAGGAUGGAUCCCCUCUCCUGCUGUCACUCCAGCCCCGAUGUGCCUCCCUUGGGAAUCUGCUGACCGAGAGUAACAAGGGUCAGGGCCUGCGCCUAGACAAGCACCAGCUGGUCAAGAUAGAGAAGAAGGUGACCUCUGAAAGGGAAAAGACGGAGCAGCUCUUGAACCAGGUCUUGAGCAGAGAGUUGGAGCAUGCCCAGGAGGGAAAUGGACCCCCUGUCAAUGCUGAGACAUUGCUCAACCAGGCAGUAGAGCAGCUGAGGCAAGCGACUCAAGUCUUGCAAGAAAUUAAAGAUUUAGGAGAACUGAACAAGGAACCAGCGACCACCCUGACAGAGAAGCAGAAAGAAAAGCAGAAGGACCUAGUGACUCUGUAUAGGAGAAGUGCUCCCUAGGGCAUGCUUACGCACUUUUUUCCUUUUUUUUUUCCCUUCAUGGUCUCCCUGAAAAUUUUUAUUCACCAAUGCUGUUGCUGGGCCAGCAGGCACUAGUACUAAGUCUGGGCUUGGCCCUACUCCUUGGCCAGCCAUUUUCUUAGCAAUGGCUCCUUUUUCCUCUUUUAAAUGCUCUCUUUCUAGUGAAGUCUUCUCUUUAUUGACAUAGCACAGAAAGUUGCCACUGCAGGGAAGCUCAAGGAGUGACAGCCUACUGGCUGGUAAAUCAUGUCUCCAGUCUCUAAGCCCUGCAGGGUCUCCAUCUAACCCCAAAUAGCUGGAUAUACCCAGUGUGCCUCAGGGUGCUCAGUCGCAGACACUUCUAGGGGUGGCUCGUCUCUGCUGUGUGGUCUCCAGCUGGAACGUUUGCCCUCACCUCCUAGCCCUCUCAGGCCCCUUUGAAAUCAGGCUGGGUAGUGGAUCAGUCAGGAGAGGAGAGGCAUCUUUGGAAGGAAGGCCAGUUAUGUCAGAGCAGAACAGUAGAACACACCAGUGGCUGUUCUAUAAGUUCUGCUCCGUCCCCUCCUAGGGGGGAAUUGCUGUCUGGUGUUGUCUGGUGUUGCCCAACCAUAUCCAUGGGUUGAGUCUGUGGGUAGGACUUCCCCAACAUGCUCUAGUGAUCAGUUGCCUGAGAGCUCUUGAGUGCCUGGGAUAAAUCAUCUAGCCAGAAUCCGUCAGGGAUCGAUGGUCCCCAGGGACUAAACCAGGUGUGCUUUGGGGGAUAUUUCCCUCUGUCCUUAUCCGGAUGCCCUAAGUGGGCAGCAGAGAGAGGUAUGAGUGACGAUAGUGUCCCAGCUCACUCAGGGAGAAAAGUCACGACUGCCCUCCAUCAUUCUUUAUGUCUCAGUAUUUGUUCCUUUAGCCACUUUGGUGUAGCUUUGGGCCGUUAAUUAGCCCUAUGUCCUGGGUGAGAGAUAGGCAAGAGUUUACAUUCUGGCCUCCAGGGCACAUCAUCACAUCACUUUUUUGUGCCCUCAGGUGAAAGGGAAUUUGGGAGCAACUUCAUUUCCAAAUGCUCAAGGACUUCCUAGGGCUAUCUCCCCAUGCCUAGCCAAAAAAAAAAAAAAAAAGAGUCAGACGCUUUCUUCUCUUUGGUUUCUAAAAUUCAAACAGUCAAGGUGAGACACUUUCCAAGACAGGUAAGGAGCUGCUGCAGAAGAAGGAAGGAGGAGGAAGAGGAGCAUUGGUUGGCUUUAGGGGACCAAUUGCUGAGCCAACAUAGGUUUCCAUGAUUCCCUUUGGAAGGGGGUCACCUGGUUCAUGCCCCUACUUCUAUGUAGGAUUGUGACCCAGACUACUCAACUUUUUACAUUCUUGCAUUCGUUUCAAUUCUGGACACUCAAACAAAAGAACUUUUUUUUGUUUUUGUUUUUAGAUUGCAAAAUAAACUCACCUCCAGGAGGAUCAUAUUUUUUUUGUCCUCCUUGAGUGACAUUUACAUUCAUACUUAGUCUUAUUCCUUCACCUGGAUUGGUUAAAUAAGCACCAGAGGUAUCAGUCUGGUCAUUUCUUAUAAAUGACCACAAACACUCAUUUGAGUGAUAUUAGUUACAGCAAUCGAAUUGAUGGAACUUGGCUUGACAAUGACUAAUUCCUGUUAGCCAUACCGGUUGGUAGAUAACCAAGUCAGGCCAGGCUUGUGAUUCUGGUGAUUUCCACCAUGGCCAACAUGGAUGAUCUGGGAUAGAGUUGGACCUUUGGUGACCUGUCAUCCUCUGCCCUCACCUUUCUCCCUCCUAAUCACACACUGACUUUUUCCUGGGCUGAAAUCUAGAGGUUUAGAGGAAAAAAGGAAGUCCUGGUGAAGUGAUAGGAAUUGCAUUUUCCCCACCUUUCUCCCCCUGACCUCAAAAUUACCUCCUCUUCUAGGGCUUGUAAAAGGGGAGGUGGUGAUGGUAGGGGAGAUGUCAUAGUUAGCUUGCACUGUGCGAAGCCACAGAUUGAUUGUUCAUUUUACUCUGGCAGUGUCGGUCCCCCUGGCCUCAUUUCCUCCAGCAAGACUGGACCUUGCAUUUUCAGAACUUGUGCUUGGUACCAAUCAGCUGCUGCCCCAGGAACAGCCUAGAGCUCAGUAUCCCCACGUGGAUGCAACCAUUAGUUACCUGUUAUAGCCACAGAAUGCCUGCUGAGGGGCCUCACCUUUCUGGAAAUUUCACACGAGGCUCCCCAAAGUCUAUGCUGGGUUCAGACAUUUUCUAGGCUUUUUUUUUUUUUUUUUUUUUUUUGCAUGAGCACUUUUUGUUUAGUGAAGGAUUAAAAAAAGAGAGAAAAUGCCACCAUGAACCUUCCUAAUAAGGCAGCACCCAGCACAGUGCCUUGCACACAGUAGUCAUUUAAUGUUGGAAUGGUGAGCUGGCCUUUGUCAAGCACUGGCUACAGCAGAAAUGAGCAAUGCAAGUGGAUUCCUUAUUUACUGAAAUUUUAUCUUGUAACACAAGAUAUCACCAUGAGUAAACUGGCUUUUCUCCAGGGUGGUGCUGGACAUAUGGGGUGUAAUUGGACUCAUUCAGAGAAUUCUGUGUCAGAGGGGUAGAUUCCACUGCAUGGUGGGGGCUUGCUCGAGGACAGUUGUCAAACCCCCUCUAAAUCUGAGACACACUUCAGUUCUUCACAACACUCAGGGCUGGGCUCCUGUGCUGAAUAGGGAUGGAUCUCCCAUUCCAGGAGGUCACUGUUGGACCACCAGUUAUUAGGAAGUGACAGUAAGCAGGGCUCAGAAAGAAAAGGAUUGGGGGGGGGGGUGUCUCCAAGAGGAGGCAAGACCCUGGAGUAGAUAGACAGCAGGCUUAUAUUUCAUGUAAAUAAGAGCCAAUGUGUCCAUUAUACAAAGGAUUCCCACUACCCUCUUUCCCAAUGGGCACUUCCCUCUCCAUCUUCCCCUCUCUAGGGGUGCUGGUUUAAAAAACUGAAUCAUUGCGAUGUUGCGUCCUGUCUCAGUCCACCUCCCUUUUUGGGCCAGUUUGGUGUCAGCUCCAUAUACAGGGUUCCCCUUUCUUAAUGAAAGAGGUCCUGGAAAAGGGGUGAGAAGAUAACAAAUGUAAACGGUGGUGGACUCUACCUGCCUGGUCGAAGGAGAAAGGGGAGAAACAGCAUUCAUCAUCUUUUGCUUCUAAAGUGCACCAUUUUUGAGAGUUGGCAAUAAAAAACCCCAUUUUAAG